CCUCCCUCUUCUCUCCUCCUCGCUCGCCGCCCCGCCAUUGCCCACCUUCCCCUCCUCCUCUCCCUGCCGCAAGAUUGCAAGAACCAUCCUGAGACGCUCGCCCAUGCAACCCAACGGCCACGAAAUGCACGGCGGCGGCGGCGGUUCGGGGCAGGAUGACUUCUUUGACCAGAUGUUGUCCACGUUGCCGGCGGUGUGGUCCGAGCUCGGCUCCGGCAAGCCCGCCUGGGAGCUCGCUGUCGGAGGAGGAGCCUCCGAUGAUCACUCCGCCGCGGCGUUCGACGAGUCCGCGCUCCUCGCCUCCCGCCUCCGCCAGCACCAGAUCGACGGCGGAGGGGAGAAACCCAUCAUGCUCCAGCUCAGCGACCUCCACCGCCAUCACGGCCUCGCCGCCGGCGGCGAGGACGGCGGCGCCGGGGGGUUCCUUCCGCUCCCACUGUUCGCCGACCGGUCGCAGGACGACAUGGACGCCGCGUUCAAGUCCCCCAAUGGCACUGGAGGUAACCAGGCGCUGUACAAUGGGUUCGCGGCCGCCGGAAUGCAUGGCGCCGCCGCCAUGCAGCCGCCGUCGUUCGGGCAGGGAGGAUCAAUGGCGGCGCAGAGCUUCGGGGGUGGGGCAGCCGCGAGCGGCGGCGGGUCGGCGGCGGCCGGGGCAUCGUCGGGCGGAGGGGCAGCGCCGCCGCGGCAGCGGCAGCGGGCGAGGAGGGGGCAGGCCACUGACCCACACAGCAUCGCCGAACGUCUCCGGAGGGAGAGGAUAGCUGAAAGGAUGAAGGCGUUGCAGGAGCUGGUCCCAAAUGCUAACAAGACCGACAAGGCAUCGAUGCUCGACGAGAUCAUUGAUUAUGUCAAGUUCCUCCAACUCCAAGUCAAGGUUCUCAGCAUGAGCAGAUUAGGGGGAGCUUCUGCAGUCACACCUCUAGUUGCUAACAUGUCAUCAGAGAGUAAUGGGAAUGGCAACGGUGCCAGCAGCAGCGGGAACGGCGACGCGGCCAACGGCAGCAGCAACGGGGACAACGGUGGCGGCACCCUGCGCGUGACGGAGCAGCAGGUGGCGAAGCUGAUGGAGGAGGACAUGGGCUCUGCCAUGCAGUACCUGCAGGGCAAGGGGCUGUGCCUGAUGCCAAUCUCUCUCGCCUCGGCCAUCUCCUCCUCCGCCGCCGCCUCCUCGUCGCCGCUUCUCCCCCGCCCUGCCGGGUCCGUACACGAAGGCGGCGGCAACGCCACAUCACCGCCGCCGUUGGUGAACGGCGGCAAUGGCGGCGGCGGCGGUGAACAGUGAGAGUGGAUGGGUUGUCCAUGAAAAAAGUUUGUGUUGAGAAGAGGAGGUCAGAAGGAUUUCUAGGGGGUGAGAAUGUGAUUGUGAAAUGAUGAUCCUUUUUUCUUUUUUUGCCUCUCUCCCUUUUGAUUGUUUAUAAAAAAAAAAUUGAUGUUAAGCAUGCAACCUUUAGUUCCAGCUUUUGUUGUUGAUAUGGUAUAGCUUUCUUUCUUCUUUCUUUUCCUGAUAUCUUUCCUCCUCUCCUUUUGGGCUUUGAGCUGCUGCUCUCUAAUCUAAUCUAUAAUCUCUAGCAUUCUUUUCUGUUAAAUUUGUCGUGGAGCUGUCGUUUCUCCUAUUGAAUGGAGAGGUAAGGAGGAAUCGAAAUUAUUGGUCAAGGAGGGACCCUACCCUGAUCAUUUUCUGGG